AUGAGCUCGCUGAUGGAGAUUUCGUCGAUAGGAGGACUAACUGAAUUGGGAAUGGAGGAUUCCUUCUUCAUCAACCAGUGGCACAUGAACUCUCUCGAUGAGCUCAGCAUGCUCCCAUUAGCAGCUGCCUUUGGAGAGAAUUUGCAGCACUCUCACUGUCACCCGAUUCUUAAUCCUAAAACUUCUACAAAUACUUCUCAGAAUUCCAUUGAUAGACCCAUGAAACAGCUCAAACCCAACAACUGGAGUCCACCGAACCCUCAGUUUGCUGCCUUGCCAAACCUUCUCUCCUUUGUCAAUUCUUGCAACACAAACCAAGUGGGGGUUGCUAAACCUAAGGAGGAGAAGACACUAUGCUCAAAGAGCAUCAACAACCAUCUCCCUUCUGAUGUAUUGGUUUCUCAAGCUUCAUUUGGCAACCAAAAUUCUUUAUUGAAGGCCGGUCAUGGAACAAACAGGAUCAGCACAAACACUAGGCUUUCGCAAACUCAAGUUCAUAUAAUGGCAGAAAGGAAGCGGCGAGAGAAGCUUAGUCAACAGUUUAUUGCUUUAUCUGCAAUGGUUCCUGGCCUAAAAAAGACAGACAAGGCUUCGGUUCUUGGAGAUGCUAUCAAGUACAUCAAGCAACUACAGGAGAAGCUAAAGAUACUUGAGGAGCAGACUAGAGUGAAAAAGAUGGAAACGGUUGUCUCUGUGAAAAGAUCACAUCUCAUUGCAAAUGGUGAUAACAACUCCACUGUGUCGUUUGAGGAGACAUUGCCACAAAUUGAAGCAAGAUUCUGUGACAACAAUGUCCUGAUUAGAGUUCAUUGUGAGAAAAGAAAAGGAGUUGUAGAAAAAACAAUUGCUGAAGUAGAAAAACUGCAACUAAAGUUGAUCAAUAGCAGUGUCAUGACAUUUGGUAGUUCUGUUGUUGAUGUAACCAUUGUUGCUCAGAUGGAAGUGGAAUUCUGUCUCACAGUGAAGGACCUCGUCAAGAAUCUACGCUCAGCUUUCGACUUGUUCAUGUGAAAUGAAGCCUCAACUUCAAACAUGGAAUUCAUCUCUUUCUAAGUUUCUAUGCUCUAUCUAGAAGCUUCACGAUAACAAGGAGGUGCAAUUCGAUCCUCAACUAUCCAACCAGUCCAAGUUUUAAGAUUUUCUAUCUGUUUACAAGACCUGCAACUAUGUCACCAAUAAGUUAUUAGGUCUAGCUAGUACCUUCAAGUUUUUGGCUGUCAGAUUAGUUUUGCAGGAGGGUUUUUUUUCUUCCUUUUUUUGCAUGGUAAACUUGUUUACCAUGUUAUGCUACCCACCUGUUUAAGUAAGUGAUCUCACAACUUCUUUAAGAUGUUUUUUCUACCCAC